AUGGCUUCUUUCCUACUUGCAUGUUUUUUCAUCCUCCUUAUUACAGUCCUCAAUGUCCCAUCUUUGGGGCAAGCUAAAUCAGAUUAUUGGCAAGAAAACUUGCCUAAUACUGUGAUGCCGUACGCUGUGGAAACGGCUUUACCUUCAACCAAUACCACCGAGAAUUCAAUAUGGGUCAACACCGACGAGGUGAUCAUACAAAAUUAUGCCGGUGUAAGUGGACAUUGCCAUGAUGAUAAAAUAAUUGAGUUUCUCAAAUCCAGAUUUGUCCUACCUAAAACCCUUCAAGUUGGGUCCCAAAUUUCCAUUCAACUCAAAACCAUUGUUGGAAUUACAACAAAAUUCCCAACAGAAAAACACUUGCCCCAAUUCAACUCCAAAAAUCUGGCCCAGAACCUUAAAUAUUUUUCCAUAAAUUCUAACUCAGAGGAGGCAUUUGUGAUGAACCUCACCAUCAACAAAUGUGAGAACUCAAAUCCCAUCAAUGGGAAGUGGCAGUUUUGCGCCACUUCAUUGAGGGAUCUUCUUACAUUUACGAAUGCCACAUUGGGGUUGAAGCGAUUAGCGGCUAUCUCACCUCCAUCACCGUCCGCUAGUGGGAUCCUCCGUUACAAAGUCACAAAAGUUGAAUCACUAGUCGGCGCUGAGUCUGAGUUACUUCUUUGUCACCGGUAUGGCUUCCCAUACGCGGUGUUUUAUUGUCAUCAGCCGGCGGCGACCAAGGCUUUUUCCGUUCACUUGGCGGCUGAGCGUGAAGACGGAUUAGAGGCUAUAGCUGUUUGCCAUAUGGAAACCUCUAAGUGGAGUGCAAGCUACAUUGGGUUCAAGGCACUUGGAGUCAAACCGGGAACUCCAAUUUGCCAUUUUCUUCAUUCCCGCGAUCUUCUCAUGUAUGCAAACAACUAG